AUGCUGGAGCAUACGUGCGUGCGGCGAGGUUUUCGAGCGUGGCCUGCCCGUCGUCUCGAUGCAGCCCAACGGGCGUACAGCGGCUGCAGGCUAGCCCCGGCCCCUGCCUGCCUCGGCCAGGCCAGGUCCCAGCGCCGUGGCACGGAAACACCUCGACGCGAGGCCACAUCGCGAUCGACAUGGUGGCAGCCUCGACCCGUACCUGGACGGCUCGAGGUGUAUGGCCCGCCCUCGCAAUGGCCUCGAGGAGCUGGCCACGACGAAACCAGCCAGGGCGAGCGGCGGGGAAUACAAACGCUGCCCUGGAUGGACCUACGAGGGUGCGCCUAA